CUUCCACGCGCGCCUCGCUCCCCACGCUCGAAGGGGCUUCGCUCGGGGCUCCACCGUCGCGCAGGCAGGCGAAGGGUGCAAAGGGUAAUCGCUUCCUUCCUUGUGCCGCGUUUCGUGAAUCUGCUCCGCGUGUGAGGCGACCCGCGAGAACCUUCGUGGUCGCCGGAACCAUCGUCGGCGCCCGACGUCUCGACACACCGUCCGUCGGCUGCGCCCUCGGCCGUUCAGCCGUUUCCUGUAGUGUCCGUCCUUCGUCAGGCCGUUUCUUCCUUCUCCCGCGUCCACCUCGGUUCCCUCGCGGCCGCCGGACCACCAUGGCCGCCACCGGUUAUAUUCUGGGCGUCGUCGCGAUGACCGGGGGCAUAGCAGUGCUCGCGGGAGGCUCCGCCCUCGCAGCUCUCCUUUUCGAGGGCCGCGGCCGCUACGGACGCGGCCGCUACCAGUACCAGGAUUACGGAGGCUACGGCGGAGAGGAGAAGGACGAGGAAAAGAAAAAGAAGGAGGAGGAGAAAGAGAAAAAGAGACGGAAAAAGAUAGACAAGGAGCUGAAGCAGGGAAAGGGACCCGGAGGAUUCACCCUCAGACAUGACCGCUCGGUGCCCGACGGAGACGCGGGCGGCGACGCGUCGGCCACGGAAGGAGAGCUACUGCAGGGGCUCCGGCGGGAGGACGCGGCGUGGUGCGGCCUCAGGCUCCUGUGCGAGCUGGCGGCGACGGCGGAGGCGAGCGCGGAGAGACCCGCGAGGGGAGCUGGCCCUCCUCAACCUCAUCGGUCCCGUGGCAAAGCCCGGCGAGGGGCUCCUCCCUCCCAGCGGCGUCCUGGAGGCGUCCCAAGCAGCCGGAGGAAGCGGACUCCGGAAGGGCGCCUGCGCAGAAGCCUUCCCGUUGUGUCCUCUGGAGACGACGAGGGUCCUCAGCGCUGGCGCCGGACUCGUCCCCUGAGGAGUAUGUGUCUACAUACUCGCACGCACACACACACUGUACUGGAUAUACACAUACAUACACACGCCAUGUAAAGACGUCCUUAUGAUAUUACGGCUUGGGAAUGUGGAAUUCAGAGU